AUGGCUACUCGUCUUGAGCUUCCUGUGUCCACCACUCAGUGUAUUACUGGCGCGAUUGUCGGAGUUGGUCUCUGCAACGGUGACUGGCGUGCCAUAAACUGGCGCAUGGUUGCGUGGAUUUACCUCGGUUGGGUCAUCACUGUACCUGUUGCAGGACUCAUUUCUGGCAUUCUCAUGGGGUUUAUCACAUAUUCACCCCACUGGUAA